CAUCAGCAGUUGCGCAUUGUUUUGGUGGUUCUUAGCACCUCACUUCACUGCAUUCAUUCAAUUUAUUCUCAGAAAAGCUGAAAAUGUGACAGCGAAAAUAAAGAGGUAGAUAAACGCAGUUAAAGUUAUACAGGUAUGUUUGUUAGCUAAAUACGUUCAAACGUUCGAAGUUCAAGCGUUCAAACUGCAACAUGGGUUCACAAGCAACAACAAUAACAGGCAGGGGGCGGGUACGCUUAUUGCUAACUGGCUAGCUACCUAAGUUAGUUAGUUAGCUUGCUAGCCAUACAUACACACGUAGCCCAAGACAAAUAUAUUGUAGAAGUGCAAGGCAAGCCAUUAUUUACUGAUUAUUAAGGGCUACCUUUAUGUAAUGUUAAAGACUGCAUUUAUUCCUUGCAAUUUAAGUUUGAUAGGCAGCUAGUCAGCUGAAUCCGCUAGCUUGCUAACGUUGGUAGUAAUUUUAGCAAGCUUGCUAACUAGCUACCAAAUAUUAUACAGAACUAACCCUGUGGCUGUCUACGUUAUGUAAACUAGUUAAAUGUCAGGACCUGAUAACUUUACCAUAACGCUAGACUAGAAGAGUGACAAUUUACAAGAUUCUGCGAGCAUCAUCCCUGCCCCAUGAGCAGCGAGCUGGGCUUUCUGCCUGCCAUGUACCUAUUCCCUGGCUUAAUCAAUGUCCCUGAAAUGGGGAUCAAUAUUGGUCCUGCAAAUACCCGUCAACACCUGCCGGGAGUGUCGCCCCCAAGCACGAGUUGGGAGAGAAGAUGCCUGAGAAAGCACAGGAGGAGAACAGAUGAUGAAGGAUGCAGUGCCAAAAAGAGGAGGCUGAUGGGAGAUGUAGGAUGCGAUCCUUUGGAUGACCUCAGCCAUAAUGUGUGUCAGAUCUGGCCACCAGGCAACAAUGGCCCCCCUCUACCUGAAUCAGCCAGCCAAGCACCUCCCCAGCACUGCCUGGGGACUCAGAACCUGGGGCUGCCCAUAUCCGGGUCUCCCUCCCAUCUGGUCUGUCCAGAAGCAGAAGGCUCCUGCAUCGAGGUGGAGUCUGCUCAUAGAAGACUGCAGGAGAUUGAGGAAAGGAUCAGUCUGGAGGAUGAUGAUGAUGACCUGGAUGUGGAGCCAGCACCCAGGCGGCCAGUGCUGGUGAUGUCUGACAGUCUGAGGGAGGGGCUUCAGCGUGGCAUCAGUGACAUUCUCCCCCACACUGUGGCCCAGUCUGUGAGCCACUCCUGUAUGGAGCUGGUAGUAUGGCGCCUCCCAGAGGAUGCGCUGGCUCGAAAGCUGAAAGACUCCCUGCAGAGGAAGCAGCAGACUACCAGCAGGCAGCCGCCGACCCCCAGUGCCCCUACCACUCAGAUUCCCCUCAACCCCACAAACCCCUCAGGGGAGACGUACUCCCCUCUGUACUGCAACCCAGGGGCCGGGGCCCACAGCUCUGGAGAGGAGGACAUGGAGCUGUAGGGCUUUUGAGACCCAGCAUCAGGAAUGCCCAGAGUAGCUACAGGUCUCAGCCUUGGUUCACUUGGUUGGACCCUCAGAGAAGCCAUGGAGAGACAGAAAAAACUGCAUAGACAGAUCCAAAACUUCACAGUGAUAUGAACGUCUGCUUUGGAUCAAGACCAGGCUGUUGGGCAGCAUGGCACAUGUAUACCACUUGGCCAAAAGAGGGCAAGUACCCACUUUCUUUGUGUUACAGUCAGAUAAUACUGGAUGUAAAUAGCAACUGCCUCUAAAAAAACAACUUCUCAUUUAGAAAACAGCCCUAUGUGUCAUCAAUAUGAGUCAGAAACAUGUAUUCUACUGUCAGAAUUGACUACAAAGUGUAAAUAAACUCAGUCUCAUCAAAAAUAGACUUGUGGUCGUGACUGCAUCACAACGUAAAUGAAUGUUGGGUUUGUUGUCGUUUUUUUCUUCUUACCCAGAGUGGGAAGAACUCAUGGAUACAAUUUUUAUGUCUGCGUGCAGUUUGGAGAUGAUGGAAGUUAGCAUGUCGUUAUCUUUUUUUCUGGAAGUCUCCAGGUCAGAGUAUGUGAGCGGAGCUUGAGUGGACUGAGGAGCUGACCGUGCCCAUUUGACUGGAGCAUGGAGCUAGAUUCCCAAAGGCUGGACCGUCAGCCUUCUCGCUCCAAUAGCGCUCACUUCACGAGCUCAGGACAUGCCUGGCCCAGCAUGCAUUUGUAUGCUACUUGUGUGCUGCUAUAUACCCUUGCUUUAGCUACUGUCAUGGAGUUCACUAAAUAAUUUCAUAAAGAAACUGAUAAAACACACAGGUGCAAAAUCAAGGUGAGCAGGAAAGGGAGUGCAGUGAUGUAGUGUCCUCAACUAAAGAAUCAUUGUGGAAUCUGAAAAGACACGUAUCCCAAAAGCAUGAUGGUGUACUUACUAUAUGCACAUGCUAACAGAAAGGAACGAGGUGGGUAGCUGGCAAAGUGUGUCAUUGUAGAAAAGUAUUUAUAAACAAAAAAUCUGAUCUCUUAAAUGUUUUGUAAAAACAAUUAUCUAUACAAUAGGCCAUCGUUGAUUUUGGUCCAAUAGGCCUGGCAUAUUCCCGCUUUCAAGGAGCUUUCUGUUUUGACUAGGUUAUUUUGCCUGAACCUUUAGGCCUACCUAUAUAUAAAAAAAUACAUCUCUGCCCAGCCUGGCAAGAGUGGCCAAAAGGGUGUUUAUCAUCCCAGUGGCUCUGUAACCGCGGAGAGGAUAUUCUCCGCUGCUGGCCUGCUCUCCAGGCACUAUCGCAUGAGCCUGAAGCCACAAACUGGCCAAUCUCUUGUUUCUAAAAAUGAAUUCAAAGGCACUGAGUCAAAUAAGGCAUUUUUAUUUAAUUUGUAUUUCAUUCUAAGUAAGUCACAGCCAAUAUGCACAAUUUAAUGGCUAUAAUGAUUUAAUACAAUUAAAUACUGAGCGCUUUAUGUCCCUACCAGCCUAGUGUUGCACUCGCAAAUGCUUCACAAUGUAUUUCUUUGUAGGCUAUAGCCUUGAAAUAAUAAAAAAUAAUAUAGGAGUGCCAAGAGCGACUGCACACCUCAGCUCACAUAUUCUGCUCCAGGUAGUACAGUAGCCAGCUCCUCACAACAGCAGGGAAAUAGACCUUCUAACUACUCUAAAGUUGGGUGAUGUUGGUCAUUUUCAGUGCCUUCAGAAAUUAUUCACACCCCUUUACUUUUUCCACAUUUUAUUGUGAUAUAGCCUGAAUUGAAAAUGGAUUCAAUUGAGAUUUUGUAUCACUGGCCUACACAUAAUACCCUACCUAUCAUGUCAAAGUGGAAUUAUAUAUAUAUAUUUUUUAAACUUUUACAAAUUAUUACAAAAAUUCAAAGCUGAGUCAAUAAGUAUUCAUAAGUAAGUACUCGUGGAUACCAUUUCUAUGUCUGCGUCCAGUAUGAAGGAAGUUAGAGGUAGUUUCACGAGCCAAUGCUAACUAGCGUUAGCGCAAAGACUGGAAGUCUUUGGGAUCAGCUAGCAUGAAAGUAGAUAAAGAGCUUAAUUGCCAAAAUCCUGAACUAUCCCUUAAAUUAAAUGUCUAUGUUGAAGCUUUAAGACCAGUGGCAACACACGUCAAGCAUUUCUGAUGUUUGGGAAUUGUCUAGUACCUUAUGUUCUAACUCUAAUGUAACAACUGUUUCAUAGCAGACUGCUUAGCCUAUUUGGAGAAGUCUCUGUUUUGUUGUAGUUACAUUAAAUGCAAGUAAAUAUGAUCUGUGCUUAGCCAAUGCAUUGGUUUACAAAGGACAAGGAUGUAAUUCAUUCGACUUUAUUCAAAGGGAAGAAGGGCCAUUGAGCUCCGAUAAUGUCAGUAUGAAAGUUUUAUACUCAUCUUUUAGCCCCAGUUGGGUUAUGUUUUUAAGAACGGUUACUGUUUAAAGGUGGUUUGGUCCUUGUUCCCGCAUUCAAGAAUAAAGUUGGUCUUCCUACAAUAAUGUGAAAAAUAAUGAAUGUACUAAAAUUCACCAUCAUUGUACACUCAUUGUAAUCCUCUCAUAUGCACCUUAACAGAAACAUUGGCUAGUUGAACUUGAUUUGUUUCUAAAUAAAUUCUUUAUUGCU